ACGAAGACAAUACUUCGACUUGAACGAAAGAAGAUUGAUCGCUUACUCGACAUCAUCAGCCGCUUGAGAGACGAUCUUCUUGUUGCGAUUUUUUAAUACUUUCACAACGAAGUCUCAUCAGAGAUUAUUGUCAAUCGGAAGAGAAGUUCAGUUUGUCAAAAGCAAGAGGAGACGGAAACAUCAGUCACGAUGGGGAGCGUGAAUGUUAACCGCAAUGUCAGUGAUGCCUUCUACCGUUACAAGAUGCCGCGGAUUCAAGCAAAAGUGGAGGGCAAGGGAAAUGGCAUCAAAACGGUAAUUGUUAACAUGGUGGACGUAGCAAAGGCGAUCGGCCGUCCAGCCACAUAUCCAACCCUAUACUUUGGCUGCGAACUGGGUGUCCAGAUACAAUUCGACUUCAGGAAUGAACGCUUUAUCGUUAACGGUUCGCACGAUGCCACAACACUUCAGGAUUUGCUGGACGGUUUUAUCCGGAAAUAUGUUCUCUGCCCUGCUUGCGACAAUCCGGAAACCGAGCUGAUGGUCAGCUUAAAGAGGGGCGCAAUUUUCCAAGAUUGCAAGGCUUGCAGCCAUCAUGGUCGCAUCAUGGAGCGCAACCACAAAUUGAACACGUACAUUCUAAAAAAUCCGCCAAGCUUGAAUUCAGCAGUGCAAGGUAGUUCAUUAACGGAAGGCAAUCGCUCGAAACAUGUCAACGAAGAAGCUGCGACUGCGGCCACUGCUGUCACUGCCAACGACAAUGAUCAAUCUGGUUCUCUGGAAAAUGAGCUCAACAACUCUGCAGACAUCGUGGUGGAACCACCGCCUGAAAGAACGGGGCAAUUGCUAUAGCUGCUAGUGCAAUACCAACAGUAACCACUGCAAGUCCACGUAAAAGACAAGAACCAUCACAAACAUCAGAA